AUGGGGGAGAAAUUAGGCACCUUCAGGGCCUGGUAUCUGGUUGCUCUAUGCUGUACUGGCAGCUUCUUGUUCGCAUACGAUACAGGUGUCGUCGGAGGCGUUCUUACGCUACCCUCUUUCCAAAAUGACUUCCGUAUCAACAAAUCUAAUUCUUCGAGCGUCGGCUCCAAUGCAACAAGUCUUUUGCAGGCCGGAGCCUUUUUCUCCUGUUUCUUCGUGUGGCCGUUCACGGCUCGAUUUGGCCGCCGGUGGUCGAUUGCGCUGGCCUCGCUUAUCUUCAGUAUUGGAGGUAUCAUUCAAGUCAUUAAUACUCACUCGUUAGCCGCCUUCUAUGUCGCUCGUGUUAUUUCGGGGAUAGGGGUUGGUAUGGCUACUGUCAUCAUUCCGAUGUAUAGCGCGGAGAUGGCGCCAAAGCAUAUAAGGGGUCAAUUGGGAAGCAUGUUUCAAUUCUUCUUCACCCUUGGUGUAAUGACAUCGUACUGGGUCGAUUAUGGUGUAUCACAACACUUAGGUCCAACGACACAACAGUGGCAGAUUCCUAUUGGCCUCCAGCUUGUCCCCGGCGGUAUAUUGGGGCUAGGAAUGUUACUUACUAAAGAGAGUACUCGAUGGCUCGCAAAGUCAGGUCGAACGGAAGAGGCUUUGCAGUCACUCAUAUGGGUUCGCGGUGGUGAUAGCACCCAAGUACAAGAAGAGUUUGCGGAAAUCAUCGCGGGUAUCCGAGAAGAAGAGCGCGUCACUGAGGGGCUCACUUGGAAAGAAUACCUCCUACCAGUGAAUCGCUUCCGGUUUCUCAUCGUUAUAACGCUUCAAAUAGGCGUACAACUGACCGGAAAUACCAGUCUAGCUUACUACGCUCCGCAGAUAUUCAAAGCGGUUGGUGCUGGUGACCAAAGUCUCCUAAUCAGCGGUUUCUUUGGCGUAGUUAAAGUCGUCUCGUGCCUAUUCUUCCUCCUAUUCCUCGUCGAAAGGAUUGGCCGUCGCGGCUCGCUUCUUGGUGGAUCAUUCCUGAUGGGGGCGUAUAUGCUCAUUAUUGCUUGCUUAACAGCUACUCACCCGCCUGUAGCUAAUCAGUCUCUGACUAGUACUGGUGCAGCAGCAGUGGCUAUGGUUUAUCUUGAAGCCAUGAGUUAUAACAUAUCAUGGGGACCGGUUCCUUGGCUUUACAUGAGUGAAAUAUUUCCUUCCCGAAUACGGGAAGCGGGCGUGGCAGUCGGUACGGCUACCCAAUGGUUGUUCAACUUUGUCUUCUCUCAGGUCACUCCACAUGCUAUAAACAACAUUGGUUGGAGGACAUUUCUGAUGUUCUGCAUAUUCAAUUGGGCCUUGGUUGUAUAUACAUGGUUUUUCAUUAAGGAGACCAAGGGCAAGUCUCUAGAGGAAAUGGAAUCUCUUUUUGGAUCCAGCGAGACCGCUAUUGAUUUCGAGAAGGUUCAUGAACAUGCGAAGAGCGACACGGCCCCGGCAAUAAGCGAUAAAAACUAA